AACUCUCAUGCUCAAGGGAUCUUCCUGCUGCCAGCCUUCUGAGUGCUGGGACUACAGGUCUGCUCUGCUGCCAACGUGCUGCACCUGUGAGCCAGAGGAGAGUUGGAGCUCUGCUGCCAGUACCAUGGACACCACGGUUGGCAAUGGCGCAGGCCUCAGGGAUGAGAGCAUCGCGAACCUGCUGGUGUUUUCCUUCCUCCAUGCCCACAACAACUGUAAUUUCCACAAAGAGCUGGAGGCCCUGGGCCAGGAACUCCCUGUUGGAGUUUGCCUGGAGGCAGACCAUGAUGAUGAGCUGCAGACGGAUGGUAACAGGGCCAGCCGCCUCCUCUACGGGGGAAGGAGAGAGGGAGAUUCUGAAAAUCAAGAAGUAAUUCACAGUAUUGCCUGUCAUCUCGCGGAAAUUGGGGAUGAGUUGGACCGCAGCAUCCAUCCCGGACUGGUGAGCCAGCUGGCCAUGCACUUCAGGAACCCGAGUCUGUCAGAGGAGGACAGAAGGCACUACCUGGCUGCCGCUGUGGAGAAGGCGAUGCAGACCUACGCUACAGACAUGGAGCAGGAGAAGGCCAGGCUGAUCUUGGCCAUGCUGCUGGUCAGAAAGGUGGCUGAUCACACACCGUCCUUGCUCCGAGGCAUCUUUCACACAACAGUGAACUUUAUUAACCAGAACCUGCUCACCUAUAUGAGGGACUUAAUCAGAAAUGAGAUGGAUUGAACAGAGGGCUCUGCAGAAGCACAACUGGCAAAACUUGACAUGGUGACAGCAAGAUGGUACCGUGGCCGUGAAAACAUGCCUUAGAGAAGACAGGCACUGACAGUCACCUAUUCUCCCUGUUCUUGGGGUACUGUAAGCUGAUUACUUACUGAGAAGCAUCUACAUUGAUAUACUUGAAUAAAAUGCAAUCCUGGUGAUAUUUAACAGGUUUCACGUUACCCCCGCAUCUUCACCUUGUGCCUUUAUCUUAUGUCAGCUGUACAGGUUCCCACUUGAAAAUUAAAUUAAAAAGCGGACUGUAAUGCAGAAGAAAAGAAACACACUUUUUUGUUGUUGUUGUUAAAAAAAGUUGCUAUUUAUUAAAGUACAACCUUGGGGCAUGGUCUUAACAGCAGUCUUGGAGGAAAAAUGCACAGCCCUUACAAGGGAGGAAAUUCCCCCAAAA